AAAAAAAAAAAAACAUUACAGAUUUGAGUAGUGAAAAAUUAAAGCAAAGCAAAGAAAAACAAGCAAUAAUGGCAGGUGGAGGAGAAGUGAUUGACAACAAGCAAGUGAUAUUGAAGCAACUCGUCAAUGGAGCUCCGAAAGAAUCUGACAUGGCGGUGAAUACAAGUUCUAUAUCUUUGAAAGUAGAGGAAGGCUCAAAUGGUCUUGUUGUGAAGAAUCUUUACUUGUCUGUUGAACCUUAUGUGAAAAUCCGCAUGAAGAAGUUUGAACAUCCUGAUUUCUCUUCCUUCACGCCUGGCUCUGCAAUGGAUGGGUUUGGAGUGGCAAAAGUUGUGGAUUCAGGGCGUCCGGAAUUUCAGAAAGGGGAUCUAGUUUGGGGAAUAGUUGGAUGGGAAGAAUACAGUGUGAUUAAGAAUCCUGAAAGCUUCUUCAAAAUCCAUCAUGCUGAUGUUCCUUUGUCCUACUAUACUGGAAUUCUUGAUGAGUUUUUCCCUCUGUUGAUGAUCUCAGGAUUUUCUAUUUGGAAUAACUUGACAAUUAAAGGGGAAACAAGUAAUAUGAAUUGAUAGCAAAUUGUUUGUUCUUUUUAUUUCGUUUUGUGCAUAGGUAUGCC